AUGGCCAACCCAGCAUCCAGCACUAAUCCUCUUCAGGACGUGCACCUCCCGGCUGAAGUUAUACACCAGAUCGGUCAAUCGUUGGACGGACCGUCGCUGUACAGCGCAUUGAGGGUUUCACAGCGAUGGAAAGCGGCGCUGUCUCUCAACCUGUGGACCCGGAUUUCAGCUUUGCAAGUUCAGCACAAAGAGUUGUACCCAAACCAGGUACCUUCCAGCAAUCGUGACCUCUCCAUGAGCUGCCUCGGAAAUAUCUUGAGAAUGACCAAGAGAGUCAAGGAGUUGGUGAUUCAAACAAGAGGCACGGAGAGCUUCAUCGAGGUGCUUCAGGCUAUCCGGGCGAUGGAGAGGCUUCAAGUUCUGGAGCUGCAAUUCCCUCACAGCCAGACCCUCUUACCCUUGUCGCCACUCUUUGAAUGCUUUUCAAAGCUUCGAGAGUUGCAUCUCCGAGGCAAGUGGUAUGGACUGCAAUGGCAGACGGGAUACACAGAACUUGGAGUUGAUCAGAGGACAGAGGUCGCGGAUGGCGGAGAGAAGGGAGAGGGCAGUUGGCAGGUCAGGACGCUCACGGUUUGCCGGGCCGACAUAGGCAUCGCGGAAUUGUGCCCCAACUUGGAGUCAAUUUUGAUCGAACAUGUCCCGCAGGAUUAUGUCCAAGAUGAACUCCCAACGUUCCAAGUUCUCGCUGACUGCAUCACCCUGAAGGCGCUCGAAUUUUGCCCUUUGGUGGAUGAAGCGGACAUGGCAAACUUGGAAACGUUCAUGGGCAGUUUCGCGGCGGUCGAAACGUUGAUUGGCUUUCCGUUGUGGUGGUCAACGCAAGCUGAGAUGCUGACGACAGGUCAAGAGCAAAUCCCUGAGGCCGAGCUGGAAGAGGAAGACGAAGAGGAUGAAGAGGACGGUGAUGCAGAUGCAGAUGCUGAAGACAAUGAGACGGAAGGAAUUGCCGGACCCUUCAUUGUCCUCAGCAAUUCCUUUGCCAUGCCCAAGCUCAAGGAACUCGAGGUGACCGCCUCCGCUCUCACGUUGGAUCAGGAAGAGCGCUUUGCAUCUCGGUUGUUUUUCCAACGACCCAUGCUUGAGCGGCUGCUACUUCCGAAUGGGAUGCAUAUACCCCUGGAAUCAUUGCUGCAAGCCGAUUGGGUUUGCACCAACCUGACUGAGCUUCAACUGGGAAUCUUCCCUCCAGAAGAAGAGGAUGACUUUGACAAUAUGUGGCGGAGCUUUUUCUUGCGAAUCGGCAGACUGGCCCACAUCACCAUUCUGCACAUCACCACCACCGACAUGGCCAAGGAGCAGGACUGCCUGGCAGGACUCAGACAUGCCCGAAACUUAAGGGAGCUCACUCUUUUGGAUGAGGGUCUGUGGGCGCGCGCAGAGCUCCGCAGUCUUUUGACUGCGACACCGGCAUUGCAGAAACUAAUGUUGUCUUCCUUGUCAGCGUCUGAGCACUCGGAAGUUUUGGAAUGGAUGCACGAGAUCGGCAAGGCACAUAUCUUGGCCAACCAACCUUAA